GGAGUGGGACUGCCCUCAGUUAGCGACCAGGCACCUGACCGGACAGGAAACUGGGUAGUUACCUGUUGUGGAGGGGACGCGGAGGUCAAUAAGCGCGUCACAGGAAUCGUUUCUUUCUGGAGUCUUGGGGAGGAUUUCUUGACUCCUCCAAUUUCUCUCCCUGUUUUUGGACCCUAGCCGGGGCUCAACCCUCCUCUCCGUGCUGCCCGUGAAGGGGCUCCAGGCAGGAUGGAGUUCAAGCUGGAGGCGCACCGCAUCGUCAGUAUUUCCCUGGGCAAGAUCUACAACUCGCGGGUCCAGCGCGGCGGCAUCAAGCUGCACAAGAACCUUCUGGUUUCGCUGGUGUUGCGCAGCGCCCGCCAGGUCUACCUGAGCGACCCGUGCCCCGGCCUCUACCUGGCCGGUCCGUCAGGGACCCCGAUGGCGCUGCCGCAGCUGCCCGGGGAGCCUGCGGCCGGCCCCGCCGCGGGAUGGGGAGAGCCGGCACCGCCGGCCGUCCCGGCCGCCUGGCAGGAGACCCAGCCGCACCCGGAACGCUCCGCCGUCCCAGACGCUCAGCGGGCGGUUGACGCGGAGCCCGCGGCUCCCGGGAUCGACGCCGGGGACGCUGUCCUGGGCGGACAAGCGGCUGCGGGACCUGCCUGGCGCCUCAUGGAGGGACCGCGAGAGGCAGCGGCCGGAGGACCCGGGAACCCCGCCGGAGCCUCGGAAGUCUUCCCCGAGGUGGCCCGGGCGGCGAGCCACCACUGCGGCCGCCCCCCAGGAGGGGAGGACCAGCCGGGGGCGCUGGGCGCCACCCCCCGCGGUGACUGCUGCUGUGCGAAGGAAGAGGCCCCCGCGCCGCCCCCCAUCGGCCCCAGGAAGCGCGGCGCGGCAGGGGCGGGUGGCGUCGGUGGCCCGGCGGGCUGCCCCGCGCCCAGCUCGACCCCGCUGAAGAAGCCCCGCCGGGACUUGGAGGAGCCGUCGAGCGGGGCGGCGGCCGAGGAGGAGGAGGAGAUGGAGACCGGGAACGUGGCUAACCUUAUUAGCAUCUUCGGUUCCAGCUUCUCGGGACUCCUGCGGAAAAGCCCCGGGGGCGGCCGGGAGGAAGCCGACGGAGAGGAGAACGGUCCGGAAGCCGCCGAGCCCGGGCAGAUCUGCUGCGAUAAGCCGGUGCUGAGAGACAUGAACCCCUGGAGCACAGCCAUCGUGGCCUUCUGAGCCCUCGGUCUCCGUGCGGGCAGGCGAGUGAGCAGCUGGCGUACCGACGCGAGGGCUGGGCCUCUCCCAGCUGCGAGGACGACCCGGAGACCGUGGGCGCCGAGCGUGUUGGGGAGACUGUGGCAGCUGCCCGGCAGUGCGCGCUGCCCGUGGCCUUGGGCACCCUGCUGUGCCGGCCUCUCUCUCGGGGCCCUUCUUGAGACUUGGGCAUGUGAGGCUUAUCGGAAGAGGACGCUCGUUCACUUGUGUGUCUGUGUAUGUCUGUGUUGUAAGUUUGUUUUGUGAUUUAAGACUAUUUUGUCCUUCUGGAAUGCAUCACCCCUUCCCCAGCCAGGGCUUAGGAGACGGGGGGCAGACAGGGACUUUCCUCUGCCAGCAGCCCCAAGAAGGAAGCGGCGAAAAGGGCCGGGGAGUUCCCCGCGCGUUCUUGGGGCAGGAAGGGACUUUACACACACCCCUCACAUGAAAGCUAGAACGGUACCAGGGCCAGGAGUGGCGUUUCCUCGCAGGAUUUCCUAAGACUAGAGGGAUUUAGCCUGCAGUCGAGACUUGUAUUAUUUCUCUCCCUCCCCACCUUUCUCUCUCACUGAAGCACCGUUUAUACCCUGUGAUUACUCUGGGAAAGGGGAAUCUUAGCGGCCCUUGUCUUCCCCAGAGGGAAAAACGCUUGACGAACUUCUCAGAAGAGGUCAAGCUUGGAAAUACGGAGUUUAUAGAGAAAAGAUAUAUUUUUAAAAGCUCUAGUUCAGAACUACUACACAGUGCUUUUAAAAAAUGUUUAAUGAAACAAAGUUUACAGACAGAACCCUUAAGUGGAAAGAUCUUAUGGUUUUGUAGAUAUGGUGACUCCAGUCUUUGUUGUAUAAAGGUUGGGGGAGCUGACAAGGUUUUUGUACAGUAUUUUCUCCUUCGUUGUAUUGAUUUUUGUAUAAAAAUGUAACUCUACGUGUCUAACACGUAUUAAAUAUUUUGAAGCAA